ACCGAAAAAUUUAAAAUGUUUUGGUGUUUAGGAUACAUGAUUAGUAACCUUUGAUGGAAAUUUCAAAAUAGUUUUCGUGCUCAGAUUUAAUUUAUUCAAUAUCUAACCCUUUUUACAUAAUUUAAAUACAUAAGUAUUAAAUAAAAAAGCUUGUGAGUCCAAGAACACACAUUUUUGCGAUGGAGACCCUGGGACUGGACUGUUUGGUUCACUUAGAUAGUAUUAUGAUUUAUCAGAAAGUUGACUAUCUGGAGGUUUUCGUAGGAUUUAGUAGUAACAGAAGGUAUGCCAUUAAAAGUAAGCCGACGGACCAACCCAUUCUCUACGCCGUUCAGGACAACGGAUUUUGGUCACGUGAAUUUAAAUCUAAAUAUAAUAUGACGAUACGGGUAAUAAACGCCGCGAAGACCGAUCUCAUGAUCGUGUCCAGGGCAAAACAUCACGAUUGUUGCGAGGGACCAAAACUGGACGUCUUCGUUCCACCCGGAAACAAGAUUGGCUGGAUUAGGUACCACCAGGGCUGUUGUUGGGAUCACCUGGAGAUCCACGAUCCCAAGGGCCCCCUAAUGUACAAGGUCAUACCUUUAAGCGCUUGGAAGGACAACAAAUUCAAAGUUGAGGAUUCCAAUAAAAAAGUUGUUGGCAAAAUUAUAAAAAUGUAUGCCGGAUUCUUUCAAGAAGCGUUUACAGGAGCAGACAACUUCAAAGUUGAGUUUAAGGAUGCGAAUAUUCGCAGCAAGGCGCUUUUUCUGGCCACCGUAUUUUUCAUAGAUGCUCUUUACCAUGAAGGAUAUAAAAUGCCGAUCGUGGUACCUCACCAUCAUGAAUAAAUUGUUCUAAAUUCUAUAUGUGUACACUUCUAUAAUAUUUACGUAUGACUUUCGGCCCCUGAAAUUAUACAAUUUUUUAAAUUUAAGAGUCUUCUGCGUUCUAGUUGAGCAUUUAAAUAUAUUAUCAAAGUAUCAA